AUGGAAAAAUCUUUACAAAAACCAGGUGGAAACCUUGAUUCUCGGUCAAGAAGAGAUCAAGAGGAUAUCAAACAAGGGGAGGAUGAAAUGGAUCAACUGACUAGCGCACCGCAAACAUAUGCCUCAGCUGCCGACAUGCUAAUACAACCACUUAGACGUCCCACAGAUUGCGCUUUCAUGGUCACAUGGUCUACCAAACUGACCAGCUAUAUGGAUCUUCCUUGCUCUGAAUCUAAAGCUGCAUUGAGGGGAAUCUUGAAUUUGGGCCUGGAUUUACCAGCAAUGUAUCUCCUGCUGUUGUCCUUAUUUCUUACAUUGCUACAUAUGUUGAUCCAUGGAGAAGUUACCAAUAUCGGCCCACACGAACUAUCUGCCCUCCAGUGUGUCUCCAGGCGACUUUCUGACAUAUGUCGCGAUAAUUCAAUAUGGCGCCAGCACUCCUAUGAGGCCGCUAACCAUAAAUUACAAGGUUGCAAUACUUUGUUUCAUAACCUGAGGCCCAACACCAACACCACAAGCGGUGUUCUGGAUGUAUUACUGACGGACCAGAUUCAAGCUGGCAAUAUUGCUAAAUCAUCAAAGGCCUUGCAUACGGAUUCAGACAGCUCCCACAACAAACGGACCAUCCCCCUCGCGACCUCCGCCAGUCAAUGGGAUCCGUCUUACCAGGGAGAGCAAAUCGACUGGUAUUCGGAAUACAUCGCUCGGAAUGCGCCAAUAUCAGUUCAUUGGUUGCAAGAGCCGUAUGCAACUGCGGUCCAAGAUGAGGAUGAUGCGAUUAUUCAACACGAAAUCAAAGGGAUGGGCCUUAUGAAAGACAACCGUUAUGGGGGUUCAGAUAAGGUAAUUGGCCCCCUAGAUGACGGAACCCUCUGUCUGUGGGACCUUAACCGGUCGAGUCUAAGUAAACGAGGUGCAAGAGGGAAAAUUGUAGGGACUAGUGUACGGGGCAGCCUUACCACGGAUUCAUCACGACGAGCAGAUGCGCCCUUCUCGUCCAAACCGACGAACCUCGACUUCAUUAGCAUCGGGGAAUGUAUGAGCGUCGAUUCAUUCCUCCAAACUGCUUAUAUCGCGGUCGGGAACAUUUUGAAUGAAGUUGAUCUAUCGACGUUGCAGGUAAUAUCGCAACAAAAAUACCCGUGGUCGAUAUUCGCUCUUUCCCAGGAAACCGAAUAUUCAGCCCCAUUGACUGUGGGAACUACACGGAAUCUCAACCUUUAUGACCCAAGAUUCCGCGGCCCGGGACCAGAUACCAGGCUAUGUUGUCCCAUGUCUCCAGAUAACGGUAGAUACGUAUCUUUGUUUCAGCCCGUUCCACUCUCGAUACUGCACACCCCGCUGCCGAAUAUAAACUCAAUUGUACUUGCCGGACGCUUUUCUGCGAUUCUGCUAUAUGACCGUCGCAACCUGUCUAGUUUACUGAGCACUGCACACUCAGGUGCACGGAUAUGUAGCUUGGCAGCCAUCCCAACGUGUCCUCGACCAUACUCCUUUACCCACCCCGAGUUACAAAAUAACCACACUAUCGUUGCGGCUGGAGAGUACAAAGGACACGGAUCUCUUGAUAUGUUCUCGAUCUCCACGCCUGCGAAUCCUGGAGACUACAGAACGCAGGACCGCUCAUUGUUUGUAAGGGAUGGAAUAUGCCUGAAUCGGCAGAGCGAACCGUAUUCAAAACUUUUGUCCGUGGCAACCCAUGGCACCCGUCUCGUCUUCACUGACGCAAAUGGGUACAUCAAAUGGGUCGAACGGGACGGCCGAACUGAAGUGCGACGGUGGAAUUUGACUAAAAAUACUAAAUAUCGCAGACGUCGGCUAGGCCUAACGCACUCAAUUCCGUCCAGCUUGCAUGAUCCGGAAUCCUACAGGUGGGUUGAUGAAUCUGCGGCCGGUGUCUCUGAUAUAGUUCGCAAAAUUCUACCCACCGGAUAUAAUUAUGUGCUGGACGACGAGCUCCUUAUAUGGACCGGAGACAGGAUUGGCCGUCUACACUUCUCAAAUAAGGCCGGCCAGGAUUGGGAGUAUGAAGCUGAGAUCUACGAAGAGCAAAUGGAAUCUGCAAGGCGCGAGGAGGAGCGGAAGAUGGCUAUAGAUACGGAGGCUGCUUCUCGAUCGCUAAGAACGAACUAGCAAGAACUUACUUGGAUGGGGGAUUUCGCAAUGGGAGUAUGAAAACGUGCGUCAUAUACUUUUUGAUCCCUAUUUCUGUUUGGUUAAGAUAAAGGAUAUAUUUCGUGAUAGGGGGAUAAGGGUUUUUAGAGUCCCUUGCUAUUCAUAAUAUAUACCUUAUGUCUUAUAG